AUGAAUUUAUAUAAAUUAAAUGAAGUUCUUCCACUUAUUAAUGAUAAACAUUCAUGUUUGGAAUAUAAAUGUCAAAAACUACUUGUACCAUUACCACCAAAUCAAAUAGGAAAAACUAAAACAAAUAUUAAACGAAUACUUGAAGAAAGUUCAAAUGAAAUAACAAAAAAAUUAAAUGGAUUUUUACUUGCUAUUGGUAAAGUUCAUUUAUUAUCUGAUGUUGGUCAAACAUUUCAAGAUGAACCAACAUUAUGGGUGCCUGUGAGACUUAAUUUUGUUUUAUUUGUACCUGAACGAGGUCGACGUGUUCAUGCUAUUGUAUCAAAACUUGGAAAAAAACACAUUGCUUGUUUGAUACAUAGACGUUUUAAUGCAUCAUUUCAUCGUGAUACAAUACCACCUGUUUAUCAUAAUUUUAUAUUUAAAUUAGGACAACCUGUUCUACUUGAAAUAAUUGAAUGUGAUGUUGUAGACAAAAUUCUUGACAUUAAAACAACACUUGUGGAAUUUCAUGUAUGA